UUUUAGGAGAGGUUCUUGCGUUGUUUUAAAAAAAAAAAAAACACAUCUGAGACUCUUUCUCUCGAAUCGCCUUCAUUCCUUGCGCAGUGGGACAAUCAUCAGAAACAGAGGCAAAAACGUGUUGCCAUUCCACCCAAAUUCUGCGUUCUUUCGCUGAUCCAACGUUUUCUUCAUUCUCUCCACUGUACACCCAGAAAAUCUCCUCGCAAAGGGUUACUAUCGGGGGAUUGAUCUCUUCUCAGGCACUAGUCACCUGAAUCUCUGUAAUUUUGAUCACUCGAAGAUUAGAUAUUUUGCAUGGUUUUGAAUGAUUUCAUGCUUGAGGGUUUAGUGUAGUAGGGCUUGAUUGUAUUGAAUGAAUGACAUGGCUUGGACUACCCUCAAAGGUUCUCCCAGAAUGUCUUCUCAUCCAAGGCCUCUUUCUUGGAUUGUGGUUAUGGUGGGAGCACUUGCAUUUUUCUUAAUUUAUGCUUCCUGGGUUCUUGUAUCAUCCCCUAUUGGUGCCACGGUCCAGGGUUAUUUUUAUAGUGUAGGUAGUUCAGAGAAGUUAGAUUUGCCUGUGUCUUCAGUGAAUGGAGCUUCUAUUAAUGAUGGUCACUCGAAUGUGAGUUUAGAUCUUGUUGAUAAAAAACCACCCUCUGAGGAUCUACAAUCUUCCACAAUUUCCACUGAGGUGCCUAGUGAUAGUAAGACAGAACAAACUGAUACUACAUCAAACUCACAAGUGGACUCGGGUGAGUCUACUUCAGUGAACCUUCCAAUGACCAAGGAAGUGAAUAGCGACACGACAGUUUUGAAUUCAGGAGAACUAGGGACUUUGUUUGGUGACCGUUCAGAUGUAGCCAAUAGUAGCUCGCCUACUCAAGACAAUUCACAAGUUGAUUUGAAUUCAAAAACAACUAAGCCAUUGGUAGGUACCAAUUCUUUCAAUGAGACAGGUAAUAUUAGAAUGGAGGAACCCACUUCUGUGGCUUUGAUCAAUCAGUCCAGUGCUGUAACUACAGCAUCAAAUGAGACCUCUAUCUCUUCCGGUGAUUCCACUUCAACUGCUGUUCCAGAAUCAGCAGAGAAGCUAAAUAACACACCCUCUGCUGGCUGUGAUCUGUACCAUGGAAAUUGGAUACAUGAUCCACUGGGACCAUUAUACACAAACAAUUCAUGCCCUGUAUUGACACAGAUGCAGAAUUGCCAGGGUAAUGGGAGACCUGAUAAGGAUUAUGAAAAUUGGCGAUGGAAGCCCUUUCAAUGUGACCUCCCUCGAUUUGAUCCCAAAAAGUUUUUGGAGCUGAUGAGAGGGAAGACUUUGGCUUUCAUUGGAGAUUCAGUAGCCCGAAACCAGAUGGAAUCAAUGCUGUGCAUUCUGUGGCAGGUAGAGAAACCGAAGAAUCGGGGAAAUCGUAACAUGCAACGAUAUUAUUUUAGGUCCACUUCUGUUAUGAUUGUCAGGAUAUGGUCCUCGUGGCUUGUCAAACUAACAUCUGAACCAUUUGACUAUGCUCCAGCUGGUGUGGAUAAGCUCCAUCUUGAUGCCCCUGAUGAGAAGUUGAUGGAACACAUCCCAAACUUUGAUGUGGUUGUUCUUUCUUCUGGUCAUUGGUUCGCCAAGCAGUCUGUGUAUAUUUUGAACAAUGAGAUAGUGGGAGGACAGUUGUGGUGGCUGGACAAGUCUCGGAAGAUGAAGGUUGACAGUGUUAAAGCAUAUGGCAUAUCUGUUGAAACAAUUCUAACUGCUAUUGCUACAAUUCCAAAUUACAAAGGGCUGACAAUUGUGCGUUCCUACUCACCUGACCAUUAUGAGGGUGGAGCAUGGAACACCGGUGGAUCAUGCACUGGGAAGGUUAGGCCUCUUGCACCUGGUGAACUGGUGAAAAAUAUGCACACAAAUAUAAUGCAUGAACAACAGGUGACAGGUUUUAACCGUGCAGUGGAAAGGGCAACAAAUGGAUCAAAGUUGAGGCUAAUGGAUAUCACUGAAGCCUUUCAAUACAGGCAUGAUGGUCACCCCGGCCCUUACAGGAGUCCUGAUCCCAAUAAGAUUACGAAACGUGGCCCUGAUGGAAGGCCACCACCACAGGAUUGCUUGCACUGGUGCAUGCCAGGCCCUGUUGAUACCUGGAAUGAACUUGUGUUUGAAAUCAUUAGGAGAGAAUAUGAAGGUGGAAGUGCAUCAUGAGAUUUGUUUAUUUUUUUUUUACUAUCAAGCUCUAUGUUGUGCUUCUGCACUCAUGAAUCAAUAGGCCGUGACUUGUGUAGAAAUGUGACUGUCUGCGGAGGAGGGGUAAGGGUGGUAGUAGUAGUCCACUUGAAUCUUUUCAUAGCAUAGUAUAUUUAUUUAUUAUAGGGAAAUUAAUUUGUUUUUAAACAUUGGGAUGAUAAGAUGUUAGGCUAUUCCUCAACCAUCAAAAGCCAUCAGUACUACUACAUGGCUAAUAUGAUCAUUAGCAAGUUCUGAUUUUAGAAUUUCAUGCUGUUUUGAAGGUUUAAGCUAAACAUUGUUCUUGUUUGAGAAGUUGUUUGAAAGACAAAGAGAAGGACGAAUUUUCAGUAACCUUUCAAAAUAUUUAGA